AUGAAAACAUUAAAAGAUGCUGAUUCAGCAUCAGAUUGUGAUUCUGUUAGAAAUACCAUUAAAUAUGGGACAAAAUUUCAAGCUCUUAAAGGAAUAUUCAUCGAAUAUUUUGAAGAAAGUUCAAUUCAUGGAUUUCGAUAUAUUGGAGAACAAAAGAGACCAGCUUUGGAUAGAAUUUUCUGGUUGCUUGCUGUGAUUUUAUCAAUUUCAACAUGUUGCUAUUUAUUAUGCAAUAUUUGGGAAAAACACACCAAUAAAUCUUUCAUUUUGACUUUCGAUGAAAACUUGACAAACGUUUGGGAAAUACCAUUUCCUUUGAUAACAAUUUGUCCUGCAACUAAAACCCACACAAACAUCUUCAAUUAUACAAAAAUAUUAAAUAAACUUUCCAAUGGAGAAAAUAUAACAAAAGAAGAGGAUUACUACUUUGAGGCAAUAUCACAAACUUGUGCACCAAGUAACGUUCCACUUAAUUAUGGAAAAGAUUUAACCAAUGCAUCAGAUCUAAUUCAAGCUCUAUUAAAGACAGCUCCAACAUUAAAAGAAGCUAUUACCUUGUGCCGUUGGAGAGACUCUGAAAUACGUUGUGAAAAAAUCUUUGAUACUAUUUUGACUGAAGAAGGAAUUUAUGAACUUGAAUGGGAUUUAGAAAAUGGUUAUUACAAGUAUUUAGUUAAAUUUCCAUAUCGUGUUGUAUCAGCUGGAAAUGAAGAAAGUCUAAGCAUAAUUCUGGAAGAUAAAAUCGACGAUGAAGAUAAAAAAUGUAGGCAUUCGCCAUAUCAAGGUUUCAAAUUAAUACUUCAAACACCGGGAGAAGAAUCACAAGUAGCGAAUAAGUUUAUCAAUAUUCCAUUGGAUAAAGAAAUGUCUUUUAUAAUUAAACCUAAAAUUAUGACCACUUCGGAGGAAUUGAGGAAUUAUUCACCAGAAUAG